GGGUUUAGGGAGAUAGAAAAGGCAUGGCUAGAGUCAGUCAACAAUGUCGACCAAACUUUCCUAAUUCCAGAAAGUAACCAUUACGCAGCUUCUUCCGCCUUGCGCAUUACUAUUUUUGACCUUCCACGUUCUUGGUGGUGCGCACAUUACACUCUGCGUCACAAUCGAAUCUCACACACCUUUUUCCUUUUCUCUUUUCCCUAGCUUUUAGUCCCUUGUUCUUCGAGCCCACAAGAAUCCCAGAUCUGAUUUCAUCGAGAAUUCGUGGGUCUACCCUCAGAGAUGUGGUCGGCGGUGGGUGUUUUGAGGCGUGCGGCUUUUUCCGCCGUGACUAAAUGUUCUCCGGUCAAGCCAUGGCUCGGUGGUGGUUGCAGGUGUCUCACCGUCGAACCAACGGCUAAUGCUAAUGAGGAGGAGAAGGAGAAGGAGAAGGAGGAGAUAACUGUAGCGGAAGCUAAAAAGUUAAUAAGGUUAGUGAAUAUAGAUGAGAUGAAGACAGAGCUCGGUUGUAUGGGGAAUGAAGAAACUGUCUCUUACACUAAACUCAUUGAAUCAUCUCAAGGUUUAGGCAUCGCUAGAUCUCUCGAUGAAGCUCACGCUUUCGCUCGUGUACUCGAUGAUGCUGGUGUGAUUUUGAUUUUCAGAGAUAAAGUCUAUCUUCAUCCAGAUAAGGUGGUGGAAUUGAUUAGAAAGGCAGUGCCUUUGGGUUUAAAUCCAGAGGAUAACCCAGUUAAAGUGGAGUUCGAUAAGCUUAGGAGUAUGAAGGAAGAGAUUGAUGUGUUAGCUCAUAAGCAAGUUAGGAAGAUUCUAUGGUGUGGUCUUGGUUACUCAGUGGUUCAGAUAGGACUGUUUUUCAGACUAACUUUCUGGGAGUUUUCUUGGGAUGUGAUGGAACCCAUUACGUUUUUCACUACAGCGACUGGGAUAAUUCUGGGUUAUGCUUAUUUCUUGAUGACUUCUAGAGACCCAACUUAUCAAGAUUUCAUGAAGAGGUUGUUUCUUUCUAGGCAGAGGAAGUUGCUCAAGAGUCGUAAGUUUGAUGUUGAGAGGUUUAAGGAACUUGAGAAGAAGUGGAAGCUGGCAUCUUGCUCUUCUUCUUCAUCUUCGCAUCAUUCCUUUCACGCAAACGCAUCAAUUCGGAAAUGUGUUGGUGUUGAUCUUGAUUUGGAGGAUUCUUUGCAGAGUCGCAGAGAUUGAUUCAUCAGAUUCUGGUUUUCCAACCAAUUUUUCACUUCUGGUUAUAUAACCAAUGUUUCUGGAGGUUCUUCUUCAAGUUUAAUUCUUUGGUGUUUAAGAAAAAAUCCAAAGAAUGGAAGAGGAAAAAUUUAGUUUUUGUUUGAUAAUCUUGAGCUACUGUUAUCUAAAAUCGCUGAUAAUUUUUACUUUGUUUAUGGUCAAAUACUUUUGCCUGAUUAUGACAAGUCUUAUUCAGUGUAUAAAGGAUGAAAUCUUUUUAGUU